AUGCCUCACGAUCUAAGGACCGGCGUUGAGGAAGAUCAUAGUAACAGAAUCACAGAGUCGGACACUUCAGCAGAACAGAGAAUCCAGCUCUCAGAUGAAAGGUCGAUCAACCACGACGACCACGACAUCAAUGGCCUGACGAAAGGCGUCGAAUACGCACGCACCACUACCUCCACCGUUUUGCAUAGCAAUGAGCUGCCGUCGAACUGGAACGCCCCCGAUGGACUUGGCGGAUGUACAGUGCACAAGACUGUGUUCACCAAUACAGACAAGACUUCUGGUAAGGCCAUCACGAAGACCAGUCUGGUGACCACGACCGUGAAGGCGACCGAUGGAAAGCGCAAGGUUGCAGAAUUGGUCGAGGUCGAAGUCGAGCAGUGA